AUACAAUAUUUCUUUUAGACUUUGCUCAUAUCGCACAAAGUCAAAUCCGUGUCUAAAAAGAUGCCCUGUGACGUGAAGCGACGUUGAAGUGGGUCGGUCUUCCAAAUCUCGGCCACGCCCGGCUCUUCACUAUAAAUAUUGCGGGAGGCCAAGUUUUAAUUUAGUCUGCAAGUGAAGACAUCGCUCUCCUCACAAAGUUAAGGGAAGAUCUCAAAUCCUCUGUCGACGUUACGUGUAACUUCUUGUUAUCUAAUUCUUCCAGCUUCAAAUGGAGACGAAAAAAGACAAUUCACUCCAACAGGUGGACCUAAACCAAAUCAGUGAGGAAUCAAUAUUACCUGAAAUGGAUUUAGAGGCUUCACUGACUGAUUCCUCCGCCGCCCUAGAUCUUUUUCUGAACAACAGGUUUUCUGAUGCUUUGGCUCUAUUAAAACCCAGGAAGAGUCAGAGCAUGUACCACGCAAUGGGCUACAGCAGCAUCUUAGUGAUGCAGGCAGGCAUGACCUUUGACCCAAAGGACAUGGAGGCUGCCAUGGAGUCACUGAGGGACUCCCUGCACACAUGCCAAAGAUUUCGAAAGAAAACUGGAAUAGUGGAGACUUUAACCAGCCUGUGGUACAGACAACCAUCUGACAACCUGACAGAAGAGGAGAUGCAUGCAGAGCUGUGCUAUGCCGAAGUUCUGCUGCAGAAAGCUGCGCUCACAUUCCUGGAUGAGAGUAUAAUCGGCUUCAUCAAAGGGGGGAUGAGAAUCCGAAACAGUUAUCAGAUUUACAAGGAUUGCCAAGCCUUGGCCCUCAUCACAAAAGAUAUAGAAAAACAGAAGAGCACCCACAUUCAUUUUAGGGGCGGAGUCAACAUGGGCAUCGGCUCAUUUAAUCUGAUGCUGUCGCUGCUCCCGUCCAGAGUCCUCCGACUGAUGGAGUUUUUGGGCUUCUCAGGAGACAGGGAAAUAGGUUUGUCAGAGUUGAGAGAGGGAGCAGCUGGCAACAGUCUGCGCUCCAUCCUCAGCACCUUGACUCUGCUGAUGUUUCAUCUCUACAUUACAGUCAUUCUGGGUACUGGCGAUGGAAACCUUGUUGAGGCUGAAGCUCUACUGGAGCCCUACAUUGAGAGGUUUCCAAAUGGAGCUCUCAUUCUCUUCUACACUGCAAGAAUUGCUUUGCUCAAAGGAAACUUUGCAUUUGCUCAGGAGAAGUUCCUGGCAUGUAUUGCAUCACAGCAGGAGUGGCGUCAGAUUCACCACCUGUGUUACUGGGAGCUGAUGUGGUCCUACUCCUUUGAACAAAAAUGGAGGGAGGCGUAUCAAUACGCUGACCUGCUCUGCAAAGAGAGCAAGUGGUCCCAGGCCAUCUAUACAUUCCAGAAAGCUGCCAUCUUGAGCAUGCUACCAGAGGAGGAAGUGACUGAACUGGGAGAAAAUAAGGAGGACUUAUUCAGGCAGGUGAACGGUCUCAGGCUGAGGAUUGCUGGGAAGUCGAUUCCAACAGAGAAGUUUGCAGCAAACAAGGCCCUGCGAUACUCUUCUGCUAACCCAGAGAAACUAGUUGUGCCUGCUUUGGAAAUGAUGUAUGUAUGGAACGGUUUCACAGUAGUUGGCAAAAGACCCGAGUUGACUAAACAAAUCUUGACUACUUUGGAGAAAGCAGAGGAGCAGCUCAAAGAUGACCCAAAUCCAUCAGAGUAUCACCUGGAUAACCAGUGUGUUGUCCAGCUGCUGAAGGGCCUGUGUCUAAGACAGCUGGGGCAUCUGGUCCAGGCUGAGCUCUGCUUCAAUCAUGUCAUUUCCAGUGAAAAUGGGAUCAAGCAUGACAACUACCUGGUGCCAUUUACCAUGUAUGAGCUGGGCCUGUUGCACAAGCAGAAAGGUGACACCAACAAAGCCAUUAGUUUGAUGGAAGAUAUCAAAACGAACUACAAAGACUACAACAUGGAGUCGAGGCUACACUUCCGCAUCCAUGCAGCGCUCAACACCAUGGGCUCUUUUGCAGCCAAAUUUCCCCCUUCACGUACGCCGGCUUAAGAGAACCCGUGGCAGGACGCUCAACGUAUAACGUAGUCAAACGCACCUGACGCAAAGUCUCAACCCUGAUUGUGGCCUCAUCUUGAAAGCCUCCAGAUGAGCAUGGUGCUGUCACCCCCAUGAUGAUUAUGAUGAUGAUGAUGAUGUUGUACAUCCAAACUUACAAUUGCAACCCUGUGUAGCUUUUUUUUCUUCUAAAUUCUGUUUAAGUGAAUAUAGAGCAAGAACAGUUGAGCAGACUCUGCAUGCACCUUGUAUGACUGGCCAGAAUAUGACUUGUUUGUUUCCAUUGACUUAUGCUACAGCUUCUCAGAGGCAGGGCGGUGUAAGAACAAUGACAGUCCACGGGACACAAACUAAAUGUACGGGGAAAGAAGAGAAACUGAAAAUGUUUUUACUGGAUUUAACACAUUUUGCUCUUUUUGAAGUUUGCAAUAAUGUAAUACCCAGUGCGAGACUAUUCCAUUUAUCUUGCUUAUUUUCCUGUCAAUAUUAUAAGAAUGUUGUUGUUGUUUGUACGCUACAUGCUCUGGUACAGUGUAGCCAUGUUCUACAGCUAACUAUUGACCUGUAAAUAACUGUUCAUCUUUUCUGUGCAGUAUGAAUGAGGCUUUGUUGACUAAAAUAAAGCUAAUGAAGCAAAUUAUGUCCUUUUUUUU